AUGGUUUCGUCAAUGGUUUCAUCGUCAAUGGUUUCGUCAAUGGUUUCAUCGUCAAUGGUUUCGUCAAACUUAAACGUAUAUGCUUUGUCAAACAUGAACGUAAAUGUUUACGUCAAUGGUUUCGUCAAUGGUUUCGUCAAUGGUUUCAUCGUCAAUGGUUUCGUCAAUGGUUUCAUCGUCAAUGGUUUCGUCAAACUUAAACGUAUAUGCUUUGUCAAACAUGAACGUAAAUGA